AUUAUUAUUAUUAUUAUUAUUACGACACGACUUCCCUGUUUUGUAUUACUUUCAAUAUGAUUUUCAUCUAUAAAUUGCAACCUAAUUUAGUUUGGAAUGGUUUUUAUCUUCUCAUGGUUCAUGUUAAGAACAGCAAUUGACUAGUCUCUUUUUUACAUAUACAUCCUGAACGGACUCUUUUGAUAUUCCCAUUCGGUCGAAGGUUCUAUCGAGUUGGAUAGUGGCUAGCAAUAGAAUCCAAAACCGUUGUUCUGUUCUGUAUAGAGCUUGACACUAACUUAAUGUAUAAAUCCUUCUUACCUCUUUCGCGAUUACCAUCUAGCCUAAAAAAUGCCAUAUUCUGUAAUUAUUUAUGACAGCCUACGUGUAAUUCAUCAUUUUAAAUGUACAACUAAUUCACCUAUAAAUUUUAUUGGCUCUCUAACAUACUGUCUACUUUAUUACGAUACUUUUGGUUUUAUAGAUGUAUAGUUUAACAACCAAUUUACUAAAAAUAAGUGUUAACCCAAGUAAUUUUCACUUCUGAAUUUUCUGAGGGCUUUUUAGCUACCUUCUGCAAAUUUUUGUUUGUGUUAAGUAAAGUCUACACUAUUGCAGCCUGUAUUACCAUAGGGAUAAGACCCAUGUAACUGUUUACAUUUAUGAGACGAUACUUGGGUCUUCGGUUCACAGAAGUACCUUGGUGCCAUGUACUAUUUAGGACGAAUUUUCAACAAAUCGGCCCGAAAAGAAAUUCUCUAUGCUUUGUAGCAGUCUUUCAAACAUGCUUCGCGGUCAACGAUUUUUAAAAUGAGGACAUAACCAUCGUAAAUUACGUUGGUAUAUAGUGUGUCAUGGCACGAAGUUUUUGGCGCAGUUCAAACUAUUUAGAGUGGUUAUUGGAUCGUCAAGAUGUAAUGAUACAUAGAGCGAAUGAUUUAAAAAUUCUUGGUAGCGAAGAAGAAUAUCAGAAAGUGAUGCUUUUCUUUACUGAUGUCAUUCAGGCAUUCGGCAAGAGCGUUGAAGUCCGUCAACAAGUAAUUGCAACCGCUUUGGUAUAUUUCAAAAGAUUUUAUAGUCGCAAUUCAUUUAAGACUAUUGACCCAUGGUUAAUGGCUCCAUCUUGUCUGUUUUUAGCAUCUAAAGUUGAGGAAUUUGGUGUAGUUUCUCAAAAAAAUCUAAUGACAUCAUGUCGUAAUGUGGUUCAUAGUCAUUAUUUAAUCUAUUUUCCUGAUGGUUACGGUUAUCCAUAUCGUGCUCAAGAUGUACUGGAAUGUGAAUUUAUUUUACUUGAAGCAAUGGAUUGUUCAUUAGUCGUCUUUCAUCCUUAUCGUCCGUUAGUACAGUUUUGUGACGAACUUCGCCCCCAAAUGCAUGAGUAUGCUGAUGUACUGUUAGAACGUGCUUGGUGGCUAGUAAAUGAUAGUUUUCGAACAGACGUGUGCCUGCAUUAUCCUCCCUAUAUAAUUGCUCUAGGUUGUCUGCAACUGGCUGUUGUGAUUAUUUCAAGUAAUCCUGACCUAUUAGUCGGCUCCGUCAAUAUCAGUUCAUCAUCGUUUAUGAAUUCCAGUUUGUCUAUUUCAUCAAAUAAACAUGGUUACUUUGGGCACCAAACUCAAUCAACUGUUAAUCCUUCAUUAGUUGCUGAUCGUUGGUUCAGUGAAUUAAAUGUAGAUAUGGAAAGAGUCUUGGAAAUUUCUCGUCAUCUACUUAGUUUGUAUGAUUUAUGGCGCCGCUUUGAUGAACUUGCUGAAAUGCCUAACAUAUUAUUAAAAAAACUCCCACGUCCUGUCAUUCAAUCACCGCAUACUUCACAAAAUUACCAGUCUGUCAAUCCGACGGGUUGUAAUAGUACUACUGCAACUCAAUCAUCUAAUCUAUCUAGUGGUACACAACAACAAAAUCAUGGUGGAUCCAUGGUUGUACAAUCGGCUACAGGUGCUGUUGGUACAGGAAGUAGUAGUGGUGCUACGGGAACUGUUGGUAGUAUACAUACUAUGCCGGAUCAUCAAACUCAACAACAACAAAGAUCAAUGACGUCAUCUAAUCAACCACGUAUGCAUCCACAAGGUGGCGGGAUGCAGCAUAUGGGAGUUAGAUAGACGGAUAAAAACAAAGCGAGUAUGACUGCAUAUCUGUAUAAAAUUUAGGGAGUAUUUAUUUAUAUGUAUUCAGUUCUAUGUACAAAAAUAAUAUAUAUUUCCUGAUUU